AACCGUUAAAACGGAAUUAUCAAAAUUCUUUUGCAAUUAUUGUCCUCCAGCUCUUUCAUGUCCACUCCGAACAAAAGAAUACUUGACCCAAAUUUUUCUUUUCUAAAAAAAUCUUUGAGCCGAAACUCCAUCGGAAUCUCGCCGGUAAUUGUACCCGUUUUGGGCCCUAAUGGGUCGGUUUCUGUAUUUGUUUCCAAGUAACUACAAAUUUCUGUAAAGGAAGUGAAUGGAAUGACAUGACGAGGUUGAUGGGUAGUGAUCAGAGAGAUGGAUAGUUCUUUCUCCCGAUGGAAGAAUAUCUUUUUUUUUCUAAUUUUCACCAACUUCUAAAGCAGCUGUCUAAUGAGCUUACUUUGAGAGCUGAAUACAAAGAGUAGGGCAGACCUUGUGUUAGAUGGACGCUAGCAGUUUCAGGUCUGAAUCACAUAUUGCACAACAAAGCAGGAGAGAUAAGUUGAGAGUUCAAUCAAGUUCUUCAGUUCAGCAUUUAGACGACUUCCCUAACAAUCUGGAACAUUUGCCUGUACAUUCUGAGCUAACCCCAGAUCUUGUUCAGGUUCGAAAUGAUAGAAAUGGCAGCAAUAUCUUUUAUGAACCUAUUACUACUGUGUUUCCCUCUGCAGAAAUGCUCCAUUUUGCUUCUAGUUCUAAUGUUUUACCAGCUCAAAGAGAUCAUCACCAUCACGCGAUGCUAAUUGGUCAAGAACAACCGCAACCACAACCCAGUAGGCCUAUACCUGGGGAGUCGACUUCAUUCACUAACAUGUCUCAUCACUCUCACCCAAUUUCUUCAAACUUUAAUGCUUCACCUAAAGCUAAUACCAGUGACCCACAAGGAUGUAGCAGUAACUGGAGAAAUAUUGAUUCACAUCAAAGUUAUGACUGGAUGGUGAAUUAUCAUGCAAGUGGAUCAUCAUCGUCAGUAGGUAGGGAAAGCAAUCAGAAACCUAUGUUUGUUGGGGAUGUCUUGUCAAAUAGUGCAAGGGCAAACAAUAUUUCUACAUCUACAUUAUAUUUGAAGACUAGUUACAAUGGGUUCCAAGAUGGUCAUCAAGCUUCUUUAGCUAAUCAAUCUAGUGAAAUGCCUGGUCAACAUAGUCAAAAGCAGUAUAGGGAGAUGCAAAUUGCUACUUCUCAUAUCCAUCCAUCAUUCUAUCAAAACUCUCUUCAAGAUGUUGUUACCCCAGAUUCCAUUGGAGGGAAUAGUGAAAGGAUUCUCCUUCCAACAUAUGGUAAUCAAUCAACGGCUUUGUUUUUUGAUAAUGCCAAUGCUUGGAUGAAUAGGCCAGUUGAGAAUUGCCAUCAAUGGAGUAGUGAAUUGGGUAUAAUUACAAGGAAGACUGACCAAGAAUUGAGGCCUAUUGCUAAUGAUCAUAAUACUCAGGGUCUAUCUCUGUCCCUUUCAUCGAAUCCUCCAUCUAGAGGGAAUGUAACUCAGUUUGGAGAGGGAUACGAAUCCGAGUAUUUUCAGUCGAAGUCGGGAAUUUUCAAAGAACCUCAUCAAGAUUCUAAACUCGUCAGGCCAAAUUAUUCAUGCGCAAUGUCAAAGCCAGCAAUUGUCAGUAGAAGUAGUGGAAAAUCACUUAACGAAAUGGUGGGAACGUCUAAUUAUGCUCUUCGGAAUCCUGGUCCUCUUGGUCCUUUUACUGGAUAUGCUACUAUUCUUAAGAGUUCAAGAUUCUUGAAACCAGCUCAAGAGCUAUUAGAUGAGUUCUGUGAUGCAACAGGUUUAAAACUCAUGAGACCUGGAGAGGGGUCUGGUAGGACAUCUGCUGAAGUUAACUCUUUAGCUUCUCUUGAUGUUGUUAUUAGUACAGCAGACGCAGAGACUGCUGUUAAAGGCAACAAUAAUUCUGGAGUCUCAUCAUCUACAUUCUAUAGCUCGAAUGAGGUAAGUGGCGAUAUGGGAGUUGCGAGCAGUUCUUGCGAAUCUUACAGGCCGGAGUACCAACAAAGGAAGGCGAAGCUACUGUAUUUGCAGGAGGAGGUAAGCAGAAGGUACAAGCAAUAUCACCAGCAGAUGCAAAUGGUGGCUUCUUCCUUUGAAGCGGUUGCAGGUCUCAGCGCUGCUACGCCAUAUGUUUCUUUGGCUCUCAGGACAGUAUCAAGGAAUUUCAGGUUCCUAAAACUUGCCAUCUCGGAUCAGCUAAAAUACGUAUGCAAGGCUCUUGGGGAAGAUCUGUUGUCCCCGAAUUCUGGUGCUAGCAGUAGCAAAGGCGAUACGAGCACACCGAGGACGAGAUACAGGGAUCAAAGCUUUCAUAGGCACAAAUCUGGUGGGGCUAACGUGGGUAUCUUUGAACCCCAACAACACGUCUGGAGGCCCCAAAGAGGCCUACCCGAACGUUCGGUUGCGAUUCUGAGGGCUUGGCUGUUUGAGCAUUUUCUUCACCCGUACCCCACGGAUACCGAUAAGCACAUGCUGGCCACUCAAACUGGGCUCUCUCGGAACCAGGUCUCAAAUUGGUUUAUAAAUGCCCGGGUGCGCGUGUGGAAACCUAUGGUUGAAGAAAUACACAUGCUUGAAACGAAAGGUUUGGCAGAAACUAAUCGAAGUGCUUCGAACAACGAUGGGAAAUCUAAAGAGGGUACUAGUCAGCCGAAUCAUGAGCAAGCCUUGAAUAAUCUUGGUGCAAGUUCUAUGCUUAAUAAGCAGCAGUUAGAAUGCUCCGGAUCAGGCUCAUCAGCAGGCAGUGGAGAACAACAACUGCAAACGGGACAGUGGAGUCAAGACAAAAGAUCAAGAUUAGAUCAGUUUCAGGUACCAAGUAACAUGGAUGGAUCAAUGAUGAAUUUUCUGCCAUACCAAAGAAGUGGGAUUGAUAUAGGAGCUGGGCUUGGAGCUGUUUCACUUACACUAGGACUCAGGCAUGGCGUAGAAAAUGUUCAACAGCAACAGCAGCAGCAUCAGCAUCCAGAGGUGCAGCAACACGAAGAUCAACUUAGGCGGCAAUUUGGAGGUCAGAUGAUCCAUGAUUUUGUGGGUUGAUUUUAUAUGUUAAUACCUAUCUUUUGAAUGGGAAAUUAGAAAAGUGAAUAAGGGAGGGAGAAAGGCAAAAGAAAAAGAAAAGCUCCUAUUUACCAAUGUACAUCUUGCAUUGGCUAAGAAAGAUCGAUCUUUCGAUACUUAAUUGUCUUCAAGCUUUGGGUUUUUUGUGCAUAUAUAUUUCUUACUCA